GGUAUAGUAACACCCGACUCGAAGACUGCAUGUCACUCAUGCACUGCAAGUGACCUAGGCGGCCCGGCUGCCAGCGAACGAAAUAUUGCACCGAUUGCUGCAUGCAUAGGACGCCUGAGAAUGAGACAAGACACCCUCAAUUGUCCACAACAUCAACGACCUUGCAUGUUCCCUUGACCAUUUUGCCGAGGCUUAAACUUUAGGUGGCGAAAUGCCUUGCAAUCUUAAACGACUUGUCAACAAUGCCAUCGCAAGUUUGUAACCGAUGCUCUCCCAUGCUAGUACCUGUUCCCUACCUCAUCAUUUCAAAAUUGCGCAAUCAAUCCAGAAUUUUGGAAAAGACCUUUGUCGCGCCGAACUCCGGCCAUCAGCUAGGGCCCUGUCCCACUUUUCCAACGGUCUCCACGACGCACCACACUCGCGCUUAUUCUGACAACUUAUGGUUCCAAGUAGCUUCAACAAGGCGCCAUUGCAUAAUGUCUUUGUUUGUAGCGAUACAUCCCCGCUACCACGCACCUGGGAUGAAGGCCCGUCAACGUCGCGUCGGAAAAAAAGCCCCCAAGUCCCCUCUGAGUAAGGUCGCCGCCGGGGAUGGAACGGUCAGCGAUGCUGAUCACUCGCAUGAAUCAUGGGUUCGUUCCUCGGUAAUCCUUAUCGGUGCAAUUACUACAUUUGUGUUGGAUAAGGGGAUUUUCGCGCGGAACAACUAUUUCCGAAAGUAAAGGAGAAAAUGCUGUUGGAUGGGUUGCAUCUGGAAAUGUCUGCUAUCGCAUCAGCUAGCGAGCUGCUGAUGAAGGAUUAUUUCUCUUGGGUG